AUGAUGCUUCGUGAGAACCCCAACACUUCCAACUUGUCGACCACUUCUUCUCCAAAGAACGAAGAUGGUUCGGCCGCUCCUCUCAGACAGGAGCCUAAGACUCCAUUAAAAAAGGAGGACUUAGAGAAGAUCGCCAAGCAGUUGAAACACAAACUUUCCAAGGCUUCGAUCACUGCCAAACAGUCGUUGUCGCCCUCUUCCUCCAACAGUAGCAUCUCCAGCCACAGCGGUGGUAUUAACGUUGCCGGCAGUUCCAAUAAAGUUUCUAGUUUGUCGUCGCCCUCGCGCCGGAUGAGUCCCUUAAAAUACAUGGUUCGGAAACUGAGCAGCAGUGGAUUACUUCUAGGAUCUUCCCCUAAUGGCAAAUCCCCAACUCAGAUGAAGACUCCUGCCGCCGUGUUUUUGUCGUCCUCCCCCUUGAAGAACUCCAGCAUCAACAUGAACGACGACGAGUUGGACUCACCCACCAAAUCGUCAAGAGCGCAGAACCAUAACUUCAACUCCUCGCCAAUCCAGCAGGAUGAUGAACCGCGUAUGGUUUUAGAGUCAGUGGCUCCCUCCCAACCAAGCACUCCACCUAGAAGUUUCUCGUCAAUGUUGAAGCCCUCGCCGGUCUUGCAAUCUACUACGACACCCAAUCUGAAAAAGUUGAGUAUAAACACCCAGCACAACGCUUCAUCCUCGGGCAGUGGGAAUCCUUUGCUUCGUACGCCAACCCAAUCUUCUGCUAACUUACAUGGUGACAACGAAGGGGCAGACUUGUUGAUGUACUUGGCCACGUCCCCAUCGCCAGCAAAGCCUCCGCCAGCCAGUUUCAUGGGAGGCAAUGGUACCCCUGGUGGGCCAAGGAUUAGCACAACAGUAACAGCAGCUACUCCAACCCAAGGCGGUUCACAAGGUCAGCACCAAUCAUCGCAGAGUCACUCUCAUUUGAAUGCCAGUCAGAACCAGAACUCAACAUCACAUUCCCACUCACACUCCCACUCACAUUCCCAUUCACACUCCCUCUCAUCAAAUAACAAUUUUGUCGCCCCAGCUCCACCCUUGACUCCAAAAAGACCAAUAGUGACCUCAGCAAGAACUCCACAGAACAGACAAACCCCGCUGGUGAAUUUAUUCAACGCCCAGCAGACAAACGGAAACAGUAAUGGACUCCCAUCUUCAGGGCUUAUGUUGACGCCAGCUGGUUUCAAUAUGAGUGACUACUUCAACUUCUUCACUCCCCUGCCGGGUGGUGGCAGUCUCGGCCACAACUUAAACAAGAACUUCUUGAAAACGCCAGACUUCAAUGGUGUUCACGCAAACUCCAAUCUUAACCCUAGACAGAAAGUAGAUGGAAAGAUGAUCAAUUUCGACAAGGUUGGGCUCUUCGGAGGAAACAAUGAACAAAAAGAGCAAUAA